UGGUGUUAUCGCGGGCCAUGUCUUAGCGCAACAAUAUGGCCGAGUCAUGUGGAGUUGGAGGAUCUGUUGGCUGAUCUUUGAAUGCCCAUUUAUCUAAGAGGAAAUCUAAUGUUUUCUUCUUUAUUGUAAUAUGUGAUACUAUAGAGCUUUCGUAGAGGAAAAUUUCUUUUGGUUGAUCGAAGAACUUGUGAGUGAUUUUGCCGCUUUUAAGGCACAUUGUAAAAUGCCAUCGUGUGAUUUGGAGGUGUGUGACAUUGAAGAUGCUGUGAAAAAAGAUGAUCUUACCCCUAAUGAUCGGAUCACUCCAAGGGGAGCUGUUCUACCAAAGGCAAGAGUAAAAUCCCCAAGGAACAACUUAAAUGAAUUGCCUGUGGGGGACAGUAUUAUACCAGGAACACAGAAGAUUUAUGUUAGAACUUGGGGAUGCUCCCAUAACAACAGUGAUGGAGAAUACAUGGCUGGACAACUUGCUGCUUAUGGGUAUAAAAUAACAGAUGAUUCUGAAGCAGCUGAUCUCUGGCUACUUAACAGUUGCACAGUGAAGAACCCUUCAGAGGAUAACUUCCGGAAUGCCAUUAAGAGGGCCCAAGAGCUUGGCAAACACUUAGUUGUAGCAGGCUGUGUACCACAAGGCCAGCCCAAACACCAGUCCAUUAAAGGAAUAAGUGUGAUUGGGGUCACACAGUUCGCCUUCUUGGUCAGAAGAAAGUUGGUGGAAAGAAAACAGGAGGAGCUCCUCUAGACCUUCCAAAAAUUCGAAAAAAUCCUCUAAUAGAAAUUAUAGCCAUAAACACUGGGUGCUUGAACCAGUGCACUUACUGCAAAACUAAGCAUGCGCGAGGUGAUCUGGGCAGUUAUCCUCCUGAAGAGAUUAUAGCAAGGGCCAAGCAAGCCUUUGAAGAGGGAGUUGUUGAACUGUGGUUGACCAGUGAAGACACAGGAGCUUAUGGCAGAGAUAUUGGAGUGACAUUACCUGAGUUGCUGUGGCAACUUGUAGAGGUAAUUCCAGAAGGGGCUAUGUUGAGGAUUGGAAUGACAAAUCCACCUUACAUUCUGGAACACUUGGAGGAAAUGGCAAAGAUAUUGAACCAUCCUUGUGUUUACAGUUUCCUGCAUGUUCCUGUUCAGAGUGCAUCAGACAAUGUUCUGAGUGACAUGAAAAGAGAAUACUGUGCUGAUGAUUUUCGUCAUGUUGUGGAUUUUUUAAAAGAAAAGGUACCAGGGGAAACCAUUGCAACAGACGUGAUCUGUGGCUUCCCUACGGAGACCUGGGAGGACUUUCAAGAGACAGUGGCUUUAGUUGAGCAGUACAAGUUCCCCAGUUUAUUUAUUAAUCAGUUUUAUCCUCGUCCUGGGACACCUGCGGCAAGGAUGAAAAGACUGCCGACAGAAGAGGUUAAGAAGCGAACAAGGGAAGUAUCCAAAGUUUUUCACAGCUACCAUCCGUAUGAUCACAAGGUGGGUGAGCAUCAAAAAGUUCUUAUAACAGAAGACGCAAAAGAUCAAGCUCACUUCGUCGGUCACAACAAAUAUUAUGAUCAAGUUCUCAUUCACAAAAGUGAGGGUGAUCUCAUGGGUAAAAUGGUACAAGUAGAGAUCACAUCUGCAGGAGAGCACUUCCAAAUGGCACGUGUCCUACGCCAUACCGAGGUUCAUUCACCUGGUCUGGUCGAGCCGUUACCAAAAGGUGCUGUCAGCGGUGAUCGUACUACGCUCACGUCCGAAAGAGUCGUUCAGGGUCAAGCAAGUCGUUGGCAGCAAUGGCAAAGAGCUGCAGUGGUUGUACUUCUAGCAGUUGUUUUAGCGGAUGUUUUGAGAAUUUUGUAUUUAUGGACCAGUCAGUGAAAUUGUGAUGGAAAUACAUUUGUACAAGAUUCACUAUUUACAAAGUGCACCAAUCUGAAAUUUUUAUGAAAAAAUAGCCAUUGCUUACACAAAAAGAAUGAAACUGAUUACAAAGAGUAGAUUAUUUCUUCUUUGCGUAUCACCGAGGCAGCUGAUGCAUUGUUGUUGGCAAAAGUUGAUAAGUUGAUUUCUUGUUCGAAUGCGUAUACCAGUAAAAAACUUCUCCACAGGGAGUGAUAUACUCUUUUACCAACUUUGGAUGGUAAAAAAAAAAAUUGAGUGAAA